AUGAGACUAAAAUGUUGGUGGUUGAUAAUCGUGCUCCUCGUAGCAACGAUGACGACUCAAACAAUUGCUUGUCCCCCAACAUGUGCAUGCAAAUGGAAAGGUGGAAAGGAGGCAGUUGAAUGUGCAAAUCGUAAUUUGACUCGUCUACCCCAGGGAGCACCGGAGGAAACACAGGUGUUGGAUCUGUCAAGCAAUCACCUUGUAAAACUGCAAGCCGAGAGUUUCCGAAAUCUGGGUCUCGUGAAUCUCCAGAAGUUGUACUUGUCAAAAUCAAACAUAAGUCAGAUAUCGCCACAAGCAUUGGUCGGUCUCGUUGGUCUCGUUGAGUUGGACUUGAGUGUUAACAGCAUUAUCGAUGUGCCCUCGGAGACAUUUCCCUCGUGUCCGAGUCUCAUGAGGCUGAUACUCAGUGGCAAUCCAAUACGGAGAUUAUCACGCGAUGCCUUCAAACCACUGACACAAUUGACAACACUGGAGUUGAGCAAGUGCCAGCUGACAAGCAUUGAGCAGGGUGCCUUCAACGGUCUCCAGUCACUCGAGUGGUUGAGACUCAACGACAACAGGCUCACCUAUGUUCCUGAAAUGACACUACCCCUCAACGGUAAUCUCCACGGUCUAACACUCCACAAUAACCCCUGGUUAUGUAACUGCCGUCUGCGGCCUAUGCAAGAUUGGUUGAAGCAGUCAGCGCCAGCUGCACCGCAGGAGUCCGAUCCCGUCUGUGAUGCACCACCUAGACUCCAUCAGCGGCCGAUUAAAACCGUUAAACUCGAUGAUCUCGCUUGUCUACCGGAGAUUCAGACUGAACAAGUGGUUGAAGUUGAUGAGGGAGCAAACGUGACUCUCCAUUGUAAUGUCUACGCCAUUCCCGCAGCUACAAUCUCGUGGUGGAUCAACGGACAAAAAUGUGAGACACAGAAGGACAACGACUCUUCCAUCUCGGCCUAUGUCAGGUACAUCUGUAAACAGCAGGGUCACAUAAACUUGACAAAUAUUCUCCACAUAUACGGAGCCGACAAGAAUGAUGAGGGUACAUUCACUUGCAUCGCUGAGAACACAGCAGGAUCAGUCGAGGCAAAUUUGUCACUCCACGUGAGAUUCCUCGAGCGCAGUACAGUCGAGCCACCAUUUGAGAAUUCCAACACAAGUUACGUGGCCGCUGUUGCAGCAGGUGCUCUCGUAGGUACACUCUUGGCACUUGGUUGUGUGAUUGGUGGUAUAAUAUUGUGUGCAAAAAGACGUAGGGACCAAAAACGUAAUGCCAAAAGUCUGUCAUCCCAGAGUAAAGUGUCAUCGCCAAUCGUAAAGGACACAGAAACAUUGCCCCACAAAACCGCAACCGACACGCUGACAUUCGAUAAUCAACAGCAGGUGAUGUACACAGAGCGUGAAUUAGCGCGCACAGCAUCACUAGACAGACGAGAGACAGUGGAGGCAUACAGAGGCCCAGUACCAAAGUACCUAACUGAACCAGACCUGAUAAACGAAGUCUAUCCAACGACAAAUCCAACAAAUACGACUGACAAUUACACCCUCUACCAGCACCAGAUAACUCAGCCUCGUCAUGUGCUCGAUUACGCGGAUACGCGAUACUCAUUGCAGCCAACAAUGGAUCCACGUCCAAGUCUCUCCCAAAUACCGUACCUCGAUCAGGACGGCUAUCCAUUGAAUUUUGGCCUUCCCAAAAUCUCGCUGAACGCUGUAAGCUGUACACUACCCCGACUACGGCACAGAAUGCCCGAGGGUUCAGCAGCAGCGCCAACAGCUCGCUACACACGUGAAGCUGAAUUUCUAGCGAGAUCAACACCCCACGAGACAGCUGUGCUCUCUCGUGCUGAUACCCGUUACACAGCUGACGGUUAUCCUUAUCCAAUGGCUUAUCAGCCAAUCACCUCACCAGUGAGACAACCCCUGCAGAUACCACCGUACGUAUCACCGGAGAUUGUCAUGCCGGAGGUCAGUGAUGUGCCAUUCAUACCAUCACCCCCAGCGGCAUACAAGGGUGAACCAACGCCCCUAUCACCAAGAUCACUGAUGAGUAAAACGGCGCACGAAGCGGCAGCUGCUGUUGCUGCUAGGGCUGAUGAUGCACGACCACCAGAUCAUCCUGAAAGCCCCGACGAGGGUUACGUUGGCGAUGCCAUGGAUGUCUGAGGGACAGCUAGACUCGAGCGUCGGCGCAAUGAUGAAUCUAAAUCCAGCGACGUUUGAGGGCCCGAGUCAGCUGCAAAUAUGACGCGACGAGGCGGGAGAUGUACAUACUCAUGAUGUUGGAAGGCUUGACCGAGGCAAUCACCCAUGUUACUGGAGGUGUCAGACCAACUGACCGCCGGAUCAACCUCGGAAGAGGAAAGGGGGAAAUACCACACAACCGGUCAAUUGCAGUAACGCUCACCUGGACGGCCCAUAUUAUGUGGAGUAGUUGGGAUUCAAGGGAAAUGAGGGAGGACGGAUGGCAGGUUGCUACUGUUGACAUCCAUCGCCCUUCCCCUCCUCCCUCUCUUUCUCUCUCUGACCCCUUUUAUCUCACGUCGGUGCGCCAGUAAAUCAGCGAAACGUAGGGCUCAUCGAUCGCUGGGUCUGGCAUGUGUAAAGGCACUCGGGGGAGUCCCACGUGGUUCAAUGCACCUAUUCCUUAUCCCCCCCUUGGUUCUAGUCCGUUCUUUUUGGGAUUCCCCGGUCUCGAUUGGAUUCUUGGGGCCGAUGACACCCGAUGCCGAGUCUCUAGUGCGCUCAAUAGUAAAGAGAUUGAUUUGGGUGAACACUCAUUGUUUUAGAGACAGUGUGAUAAGUGAGUGAUACUGGACAAUGAACAUUUUUAUAAUGAAAAUGGUGGAAAUGUGCUCAAUAACACUUGUAACGAGAUGACGAAUACAUUUUGAUAUUAGUAGGGAGUGAAUGUUCAUGAGUGUCUUUCGAUAAGUGAAUUAUUGAGUUUUAAGCAGUUCGAUAUUGAUCCUCAUGUCGUGCUGAUAGUUAUGCGGUAGACAAUGGGGGUAUUGAGAAUUGAGAUCGUUAUCUGGGCUCUUGGGUAGUUGUGAGGGGUUAAAGUUUUAUCCGGAGGUCGGUGCAAUUAUUCACGAGCGAGAUUGAUUUAAUUUGCAUAUUAUCCAUAGACAAGGAGAUUGGAACUUACCGGAGGAUGAUAAUGGUAUUGCGUGGUUAUACUCGACAUGAUGAUGAUUAUUUGGUGAUGGAUGUUCUUCGGGUAUUAUUUAUUUAUUUGAUUUUAUUGUUACUGUGGGUGAUGCGUACGGUUAAUGCUGCUAAGGUGGAGCUCAAAAGUUUAAUGUGGUUGUUCGAGAGAAUGAGGGGAUGAUUAAUGAAACAUCUAGAGAUAUUUAGUGGCACGAUAAUAAUGUUGGUAGAUUUUAUAUAGACGAUAAGUUUCACCGUGUUCUACAGGGUAUAAUGGCGAUUAUGUGAAAGUUCGUGUUACAAAAAUGAUUUUGUUUGAGAUUUUUUUUUGUCCUGAUCACUCAACGGAGAUAACUUCUCCCUUGAUUUGUUGAUUAAUUUCUCGUCUCAAGCACAACUCAACUCGCGUAUGAUAGACCCGUGUGUUACAAUGACAUCUAAGAGUCUAAACUUUUUGGAUGUUAGAUGUUGGAGUUGAUACGAUAAAUUCCGUAUAAAAGUUUUCAGACCUUCGGGUUUGAGUAAGAGCACUUAUUCCGGAUGCUAGUUGCAAUGGACUUUUCUCCCGGGAUUUUGAAUUUACCACUACCAAUCGUUUCAACUCCGAGAUUCCGUACUCCUCCACUUUCUUAUCAUUUGAAAUGUAGAAUUCAUGCCAAAUGUUCUUCCCCCUGUAUUUCCUGCCUUUCAUCUUCCAUUCGCUCGGCGCUCAGUUUUCACUCCUAUAUCUCUCGGAAUUCAGAAAAAUUUGGUCAGAAAAGUUUUUAGAUUUAACUCUUAUCUCGGAGGGCAACUCGCACUCUUACGAGCCGAGCUCACGGUGCUAUCGUGCGACUUCACAGCCGUUUUGGAAUAUUAUCCGUUAUCUCUUUGCCGGCGAACAAAUUCAAUUCCAACGGGCUUUCGGCAUCUGUUUUGGUUGUUGAGGAUUUUAUUUACAGUGGAAUAUUUCCAACGGUUGGACGUAUUUUUUAACGAAUUCAUCGCUUGAUAGUGAAAUUUCAUCCGGAAAUUUCAUUUUGUUUUCAUCUAGAUGAUGUCAAUAUUGUUCCGCGGCUGUAAUUAAAAAACUAUUGACUUAUUCCGCCCUGUUGAUUUUUAGCUAGAAUAUUCAUAUGUCGGAGGUGACUGUGGAAAAUGCAAAUCUUUUUUAAUAUUAUUUAUUGCCUCUUCGCCAGUAAAUAAGAAUUAGAUUCCAGUUCUGUUUUACACGGGAAUUCAUCGGUUAAUAAAUACUAUAAACUUUGUUGGCUGAUAAUGGACCCCAGCUAGAAGGAAUUACAAAAUGAUUGUUUUGGUGGAAACGUUUUUUUGUCCAUCAGUAAAUUAAUUAAACGCGACCAAGAUCUCUUCAGGGGAACAUAUCAUUUUUCGGCAGAGCUUAUUAUUUCUUUCCGUUUAUCCAAUGGAUAAAGUUUUCAACUGAAGAAAGUCUGGGCGACUCCGGAAAGUCCCGUUUUUUCGGCCCUCAUCAAACUGCGAGCGAAACCACUACAAUGUCUAUUUUUCCUUUCCGUUUAUCAGAACGAGAAAAACCGAAAUAACGCACUGCCUCAAUGAGCACGAGUGACUCCAACCCGGAGUCCAACUUCCACGUAUUGAAAAAUCCCCCGCAAAAAAUAUCUACCCUCUAGUUCCGUGAAUAGUGCUGAAUCCUUAGGUCAAAUGUUAACGAGUUCCGCAAACUCCAAAUUUUUUCCGAUCCACCAGAGGCGGAGAUAAAAAUACUGGGCGAGCAGAAUGUGUACAUAGUUAACUCCCAGUGGUCAUCGUGGUUUCCAACCCCUCCGAAAAAGAGGCAAAACAUUUCGGAGAAAUUGUGCGGUGUUCGAUGGAAAACCUUCGUUUACUCCAUCCCCUAGCUUUGGUCACUGCAAAAUAUUUUGAAAACUUAUUUUUUCGUGCAACGGCGGAGGCAGAAAUGGCGCACUAUCCACUCGGGGCAUUUUUGCUCGCAUUUUUGUUAUUGUUAACUGAGGCCGUAAAUUGAAAUAUGUUGCGGAAAUUGUACAAUUAAUUCUUCUCGUUUUCACAUUCACUGACUUGUUAAUUGACAUUCAAAUUUUUUGCAAUGUUCAUCAAUUUCCCAUCUCGAUUGAAAUUUCAUUCGUGCGUUCCGUUUAAAAUUUCAGACCCCCAUCGAUAUCUCGAUCUAAGAGACUAAUGCUAAAACUUCCCAUCAAAAAAGAAACAAGUCAAGAAUAAAAAAACACGAAAAGACACGAGAACUUUUAAACAACCGAGAUAACUCUCGAGUUGAACAAAAUUUACUGUCAAAAAGCGUGUUUCAACCCCCGAAAAAAAAGAAUGACAAAAAAUUUCCGAGAAAUUGUGCGGUGCUCGAUGGAAAACCUUCGUUUACUUUAUCCCCUGGCGUUGGUUACUGCAAAAUAUUUUUAAAACUUUUAUUUUUUCGGGCAACGGCGGUGGCAGAAAUUGCGGACAAUCCCCUGGGGGUAUUUUUGCUCGCAUUUUUAUUAUUGUUAACCGAGGCCAUAAAUUGAAAUAUGUUGCGGAAACUGUACCAUUAAUUCUUCUCUUUUUCAGACUCACUGACCUCUUAAUUUACAUUCAAAUUUUUUACAACUUCACCAAUUUCCCAUUUCGAUUGAAAUUCCAUUCGUGCGUUCCGUUUAAAAUUCCAGACCCCCAUCGAUAUUUCGAUCUAAGAGACUCCUUCUAAGCCAUCCCACCACAAACGAAACAAGUCAAGAAUAAAAAAAAGCAAACAGACACGCGAACUUUGAAACAACCGAGAUAACUCUCGACUUGAUCAACCCACUGAGAAACCUAAACCUAAAAAAAUGUAAUAAUAAUAUCAGGAAUAGUCACAAAGAUUAUCUGAUAACCUAAUCAUAAGCAUAAGUAUAUUCUUUUUUAAGGAAAAAAAAACAAUUGUAGAUAUACGAAGAUAACUAUAUUAUACUGGAUUGUAUGCAAUUAAAUAAAGCAAUUGAAAAUGAAUGAA